AAGAGUUACAAAAGGAUAAUAUAAAGUGGGAGAAGUCACUCUCUCUCUAAAUCUAUCGAAUGGCGUCUGGUCGUAUUAGCCUUUCGAUUUGGUUCUUCUUCGUCUUCUUAAUCAAUCCCUCAACCUCUGCUCGCACCACCUCCUUCAUCAAGCUCCCCCGAAGCGACGGAUCUCGCUACUGCGACAGCUGGAGAUUAGCCGCCGAGACCAACAACGCCGGAACUUGGGAUGUGAUCCCCUCCGUCUGCGUUGAUCCCGUCGCCGAUUAUCUCAACGGAGACCAGUUCUUAUCCGAUUACAAUGUCAUCGCCGAUUACGCCCUCUCCUUCGCGAAAUCGGUUGAUAUCUCCGGCGACGGCAAAGACGUCUGGGUCUUUGAUAUCGACGAGACGCUCCUCACUAAUAUCGACUACUACAAGGCUCAUGGUUACGGGUCUGAACCAUAUGAUUCGAAUAGCUUUAGUGAGUGGGUGCUACAAGGAACAGCUCCAGCUUUUGAUGCGAGUUUGAAACUAUACAAUGCUCUCCAGAAACUUGGUUUCACUAUCAUUCUGUUAACCGGACGGGACGAGGAUCAAAGGAGUUUCACCGAGACAAAUCUCCGCGAUGCGGGUUAUUCCGGUUGGGAACGUCUCCUCUUGAGAGGUCCAGAAGAUCAAGGGAAAUCAGCUACAGAUUACAAAUCAGAGCAGCGGGCGAAACUGAUCGAGGAAGGUUUCAAAAUCCGAGGCAAUACCGGUGAUCAGUGGAGUGAUCUUCUAGGCUUUGCCGUGGCUGAUCGUUCUUUCAAAGUCCCUAAUCCCAUGUACUACAUUCCUUGAUCACCCUGUUCUGAUUUAUGUAUUAUGUCACGAUUUAUGUAUGUUUAGACAUUUAUGGGGAUUUGAAAGAACAAUAUCAAACAGCCCAUUUUUAGACAUGUUAUUCACAUCAAUAACAUUUGAUAUUUCUUUUUGUAUAUGUAAGCGAUUUGCGUAAUGAUAAUUUAUUUAUUUUCAUUUUA